UAGAAUUUUCUAGUAUAUUCUGUGUUAAAUUAGGUGAGUGAAGUGUAAAAGGGGAGGUUUCUUUAUUUUUAAAAGGAAAUCCCGGAUUGAGAAAGAUGGCAGGCUGGGCUUGUCUACUGACGCUUUCUAAGAAGGAAGUAGAUCUAAUAAUGACGUCCUUGUGUGUGUGUGUGAGUGUGUGUGUAUGUGUCUUUCUUCCUUACAUGAUGAAACCCUUAAUGGAGCCUGGCAUGUGCUGGAGGCUAAAACUUAAUAAAGAAAAUUAAAUAAAGCAUCUAUGAAGUAUGAGAUCUUAAACAAGAGGGCAAGUUAAAAAAGUGCCCACAUCUUACUUGUAAUGUGUGUGUGUGUGUCUGUGCUUUUAUGUAAUGGAAUCUCUACAUGAGCCCCCUUUUUUUGUGGGUCACAAAAAGGGGGGCCCUUAAUUGAAGUAUGAGCCCCUUUGAUUGAAGUAUAACCCUAUUUAAACGUGUUUUGUGCAUCAUGUAAAUAAUCCCUUCACCACUCAUCCUGCCCUGUUGCAACACUCAGUAUUUCCCUGAUUUCCUAUUACCUCACCUCAUCAGGGCAUUAAAUAGAGCCUCUGCACACCAAACCAUCAGCACCAAAGCAAACUCAGAACAGAGCACAGGAAGGCCUCAGUAACACACUACAGAAGGACUAUGGGCUCUCUCAUCAUUCUAUCUCUUCUCUGUUCUCUCCUGGCCAUGACCAUCUCAGCUCCGGUCCAUCUCACCCUGCAGACCGAAUUUCCUCAACAUGUGGAGCUCGCCAAGAGCUUAACCAAGAAGCUGCUCAGUGAAAUUCCCACAGUGCAUCAGUCCUGCAUUGCCAAUGAGGGUCUCAGUCUGGAGUCCACUGCCGAAGUAAAGAAUCUGGAGUAUUUAACAGCAGUGUUGGCCAUUCCUGCAUCCCCCAGACUCUCCCCCAUCUCAGACACAUACACACUGGAGAUGAGUCUGAACCACAUCACUGAAGGCCUGCAGCUGCAUCAGCACCUCAUUCAAGAAGUGAAAGAAAAGCUGAAGUGCGCAGAAAAACUGACCACUCUCCAGGCAGACCUCAGAGACCUGUCUGCCCAGGUCAACAAGGUACAGCAGCAGGCCCAUAUCACACCAUCUGAGCCACAAAUCCAGUCCUCUAGCCUCUCCUCUCGUCUGACCGGUGACUAUGAGGUCCAGGUGGCCACUCACCUUGUGCUGCAGCAGCUCCAGAGCUUUGGUCAGGAUGUUUUCCGCAGCUUGCGCCACAUCCAUACACUCUCUUCAAUUAGCCAAUAAGCUUCUCACACACUCACACCUGCCUAGAGAAUUUUAUGCAACAAUAAGUUAUUAUUUAUUUAUUUAUAUUUAUUAUGUAAUAUUUAUUUUUAACAUUUUUAUUUGUUUUUUGAACCUGUAAGAACAGAUAUGCAUCUUCUCUAAACCCCGCCCUAUUGUUACCUCUGACAAACUUGUGUCCAUCAGGUCAACUAUGGCAUGUGAGGAGAGUUCAUUAGGCUGAGCAGUUGGUCAGUCCGGUCUAUUUAAAAACACAGAGAAAUCACACAAUAGAAACUGAUUUGUAGUUUGAUUAGCAAGUGAUAUUUCAAAAACUGACAAACACACUGUUUAUGUUUUGCACUGUGAUGCUUUUCCUAUCCACAUCUGUUUUUAUGUCUUUUUAUUAAAAUUAGUCUAAUUACUAUAGUGGUAGACCAACAGAUGGUUUGCACAUAUCUGUGGCUGCAUAAUAAAAAUGCAACCAAAAAAGCUACAUUUUAACCACAUGUGAACUGUAAUACUGUAAUAUUGCCAGCUGUGGUUGAUCAUAUAUAGGCAAAUAAGCAUCAAUGUGCAAGUGCACAGUGAGUAAGGAUACCAGUGUCCAUAGCAAAGUCUGACCAGCUUUAGCUUAGAUCUGUACAUACAUUCCACCUCAUAAAAUGACACUUUAAAGCAAAUGCUUUGCAAAAAUGUGGCGAGAUCUGACUCUGAGAUCUGUUUUACGUUCAUGCACAGCUUUGUCGUAUAUUAUAAAGACCUGAAAGCUUGUCAGAGGUCACUGGGCCUAGUUACAGUUGCUAAUCAACAACUGAAUAAUAUGCAAAUAUUUCAUAAUGAUCGAAUACUGCAUAGUAGUUACUGAGUAACAAGUCUUAUGAAUAAUAACUAAAUAUUAAUCCAGGGGUUCAAAGGAUUAAUUACUGCCUUUUUAUAGGUUUGUUUUUAUACUAGCAUUUAAACCAGUUUGAUUAUUUAAGUAAGCACAACAAAGCAUUCAUGUAUACAGAUGUGUACAUAUGCAGUGUAGGUGUACUUUAUUUAAUGCACAAAGAAACUAUUUAUUUAUUUGUCUGUUUAUUUAUUUUAUAUUUAUUUAUUCAUUUAUUCACUGUCAUUCAUUCAGCAGCAAAAGGUUU